AUGCAUCCUAUUCUACAGUUGAUUGUAAAAGUUAGUAGAGUACUUCAAGAUCCCGGAUUAAGUAUUUUGACAGCUUUGGAGGAGAUUAAGUGUCUUCGUUUGGAAAUAGAAAAUAUGCGUUCCGAUAGUUUGUUUUAUGAUGAUAUUUAUGAUCAAUGUCAGCACAUUUGUGAAGAACAUGGUGUAAACAUACCAUCAGUUAGACCCAGAAAACUGCCUGCACGUAGAGAUGAAAAUUGGAAAAAUCAGUUUGUAUUUGAGACCAAAAAAGAGGAAAUCCGAGUUACUACAAUGUAUCCAUUGAUUGAUUCGUUAGUACAAGGAAUUGACGAACGUUUCAACCAAGAAAGCACUUCAAUCAUUACUGGAGUGGGGAAAAUGUUGAAAUUUGAAUUGAACAAAGAUGACAUUAAUUUAUUGACAAAUCAUUUUGAUUUAUCAAAAGAUGAAUUUGUAAGUGAAAUACAUCUUUUGAAAGCACGAAACAAAGAUGAUAUUCUUACUAAUAAAGACUGUGCAUUUUGGUUUAAAUGGUUACGAGAAAAUGGUGUUGAGACCAUUUUUUUUCAGCAUAGAAAAGUAUUAAAAGGUUUCUCCGUCAUACCAGUCACAAGUGCUUCGUGUGAAAGAGCUUUUUCGAAGCUAACACAUAUUAAAACUAAGUUACGGACGACAAUGACUCAAGGACGAUUGGAAAAUUUAAUGCUUCCGUAUAUCGAACAAACCAUGGCAAAAAUAUCUAAACGCUUUUUUACACGCCCCGACUAUAGGUACUAG